AAAUAGUUUAUAAGAAUAUUCAAAGUUUUUAAUCUAGCCAACUGUUAAAAAUAUAUAAUCUAGUGCUGAAAGAAGAUGGCAUGUGCGACCGAUACUGCAAGAUCGUCCUUUUUAUGGCGACUACAGCAAUUUAGUGUUUGAGCAACAACUCAGCAACUCAGCUCUGUACCACAAUUUUAUCCGAAUGAGCUCAACAACAUUUGAAGAGCUUGUUUGUUUAGUUGGUCCUUAUGUAUCAAGAUUUCCAAAUUUUAGAAAGGAUACUUUAGUUGUUGGUGAAAUAUUAUCAUGUACAUUGAGAUACUUGGCUUCAGGAGAUAGUAUGAUGUCUUUGGUGUACUCUUUCCGUAUGGGUCAUUCAACAAUAUCAAAGUUGAUUUGUGAAUGUUGUUUAGUCCUUUGGCAGGUUCUUGAGAAAAAGGUUUUAUUAACUCCAUCUAUCUUUAAUUGGAAAAAAACAGCUAGAGAAUUUGAAGACAAGUGGAAUUUACCACAUUGUGUUGCAGCGAUUGAUGGAAAACAUAUUGUUCAUCAAGCUUUUUCAAAUGAUGGUUCUACCCAUUUCAACUAUAAGGGUACGCAUAGUACAGUUUUGUUGGCUAUGUGUGAUGCCAAUUAUAAUUUUUUGUUGGUUGAUAUUGGGGCUCUGGGAAGAUGCAGCGAUGGAGGGGUUUUCAGGAGUAGUAAUAUUGGUAAAGCUUUUGCCAAUAAAACAAUACACUUACCUGAACCCGUGGAUAUUGAUGGCGUGAAUGGACCAAUACCAUACUUUAUAGUAGGAGAUGAGGCAUUUCCACUAACCAAAUACUUGAUGAGGCCAUAUCCUGGUCGUGGAAGAUCUACUAUGCCAAAAGAUGAAGAAAUUUUCAACUAUAGGUUAAGCAGAGCACGACGAACGAUUGAAAAUGCUUUUGGCAUACUGGCAUCAAGAUUUAGGAUUUUCAGAAAGCCAAUAAUAGCUUCAGAAAAAACAAUAAUUAAUAUAACAAAAGCAACAAUUGUUUUACACAACUUUAUAAAAAAGUUGGAAACAGAUGCAGGUAUAAGCAUGUACAACCCAAACAUAUCAUGCAGUGCAAGCAACAUGCAAACAGAUGAACUACAAGGGUUAGUCCCAAUAAACCGUGCAGGUUCAAAUCACUAUAGUUCAAAUGCCAAAGAAAUAAGAGACAAAUUAAAAAUGUAUGUUAACCAUGCAGGAGCUUUAGAGUACCAACAAAGACAGUUAUAAAAGAAGAUGAAGAGACAUAUAUCAAAAAUAAAAUUUGUACUAAUCUUUUGAA